UAGGAGUUUCAGAGCAAUUUUACGAAGUUUUAUCACUUGGCUACAUUGUGGUUUAUCGUUUCUGAAACCUUCAUCUCUACCAUCCAAAUUUUGUGGUUAUCAUGGAACUGUAAGAGCAGAAAACAAUUAAUAAAAAUUAAGUGCACCCUCCUUUAUUUAAGAUGUUUUAGAUUUUCUCUUUCUGCUUUCGAUAGCUUUAAAGCCUUCACUAUCACCUUAUAAAAAGUCGAAGGGGAAAUGAGGAAUAUUUCUACUACAUUUCUUAGAUAUUUCAAGAAGUUUCACCCUUAAGGAGGUACUUCUGCGUGUCUAAAAAUUCAGAAAUACAAAAUAGAGGUCCUAAACUUAGUUGGGGUAAUUUCUUGGUCCUUCAGGACACCUCAAUAGAGUUGUUCAGGUAAUAAUAUUCACUCAGAUCUCUUGUUUCCUAUCUUACGAGAUUUAGUUUUAACAUUAUCUAAGUAUAAAAACUUCUUUUGGUCUAUUUUUGUAAGAAAAUUGCAUUUUUGAGCAUCUUUGAGUCUCUGGAUGGCAAUAUUUUGCUAUCCAAAAUUAGCAGAUUCUGGGAAAUAUCCAAUUCAAUAUUUUUAGAUAAAACUUAGGUGAAAAUUCAUCGAAUCUGAUGAAAGCUCUAGCUAAAUACGCUAUAAUGAGCGAGGGACUUUUUGCUAAUAAUUUUUGAUAUUUUAGGAUAGAGAGGAUGCUUAGACACUGCGAUGUUUUGAAGAUCAGGCUUCUAACUUUGUUAAAACUUUUCAAACUACUAGAUUUAUAAAUAAAACUUAAAUUUGUAGCAAAUAUGGAUACUAAAUCGCUCAAUUUUACUCGAAUUGCAAUAAGCCAGCUUGAGUAGUAGAUCAUAUCAGUGCUUGUACACCCAUUUAAGCAUUGUUAAAUAGCCAAGAGCUCUUCAGCCCUAUUGCAUCACUAUUAAUUGUCAUCAAACUGCUUAACAACAAUAUUUUCCAUUAGCUUCGAUUCACUCAAAAAGUGUCUCUGGAAAUUUCUGGAUGGACGAAAUAUUCGAAACUUCGUACUGACAUCUUCAGUUUUCUAAACUGUACUUGCGUACGGAGAAAUAAGUUGUACGAAGCUGAUGGCAGCUUAUAGGCAUCUAGGAAGCCAGACCUCUUCUUUGUAGGCUUAACAUAUGGUUACUCUUACCUACCUAUUCUGUAAGAAAAAUAAGUGAAUUGGAAGGAGCUCAAGAAUAGUAAACGAAAACUGAUAUUUCAAUUUCUCAUUUGUUUGAGGAACACAAUCAGGUUUUUAAUAUCAAAAUGGGCGUGUCUUUAGUACUA